AGCCAACGCUGAUGUGCAUUGGAGCAUUGUGCCAAAGUUUGUCAGGAUGGGGUUCUUGCAAGGUGUGUUAGUGUUGGUUGUGAUUGUGGCGUUUGACCUGAAGAGUGCAUGGGGAAGUUUGAGACACAGUCAAAGUCCUAGCAGCAUGAAGCCACAGUCAGCUCCAGCUUCCAGAGGUUCUGCUCUUCCUUCUCAAGGGGUCUUGAAUACUUUGCAGAAGCUGAGUCAGGACUCCAGAGGAUUUGUGCAAGAGCCUCUUGGUUUUCAGGAGAAGCAGCUGUUGCAGGGUCCAGUCAAGCCUUUGGACUGGAGGUUUCCCAUCGUUCCAGAGGUGCAAAGCGAGUUGGCAGUGGACUUCCAGUUGAGGCAACCUGUGACUCCCAGUAGUGUGGCCGUUCAAUGCGGUGAGAACCGGGUUCUUGUGGAGGUAAAGAAGGAUUUGUUUAGCAAUGGUCAACUGAUCCAGCCAUCUGGUUUGUCUAUGGGAGGCUGUCCUGUUGUCGGUGAGGACUCUGCCUCUAGGGUGCUCAUCUUUGAAUAUGAACUACAGGACUGCAAUAGUGUGCUGAUGAUGACUGAGGAUGAGCUUGUCUACACCUUUGCUGUUACCUACACUCCUGAGGCACUUGCUGGCACUCCGAUUACCCGUACCAAUGGUGCAGUUGUUGGUGUUCAAUGCCACUAUCAAAGGUUCUAUAAUGUGAGCAGUAAUGCUUUGAGGCCAACUUGGGUCCCUUAUGCCUCAACGGAGGUUGGCGAGGAAGUCUUGCUGUUCACACUGAAGCUCAUGAUGGAUGACUGGUCCUAUCAGAGGCCUUCAAACUUGUACUUCCUGGGUGAUGUUAUUAAUAUUGAGGCAUCCGUGAAGGUGUACAACCACGUCCCACUGCGUGUGUUUGUGGACAGCUGUCUGACAUUGAGUUCUUUGUCGCUUAUCAGGUGCCUUGUGGAUGCCAAGGCUACAGCUUCCAGCUCCGGCUUCAUGCCUCGAACCCAGGAAGACAAGAUCCGGUUUCAGUUGGAGACCUUCAUGUUCCAGGGAGGAUCCAGUCCUUCUAUCUACAUAACGUGUAUUGUGAAGGCCACUCUUGCUUCUGCACCCAGUGAUGCUCUCCACAAAUCCUGUUCCUUUUCCAACGGGUGGUUUGCUGCUGAUGGGAACCACCAGGCUUGUGGUUGCUGUGACUCAACAUGUGGUCCUGAUGGAGGAAAUGCUGCUCCUUUCGGGGGUAGGUAGCCG